GACGUUGCAUUUUAAUGUAAAUUCCUAAUUUUCUCUUUUGCUGGAAGAGAAAUUUACCACAAUAGAUCAAAUAAGGCUAUGUUUAUAUUAAGCAAAACAUUACUCAUUAGCUAGACAGCAAAAGACAGAAAUAUACUUUAUGGCUUAGCCAUAGCAGGCAUCAAACCCCGAAUACCUUUCAAGUGCACUUCACAGCUUCUACCUCUGUGCCUACUUCCUGGACAACAUGGAACUUGACUCUGAACCUACACCCAGUGCAAUUUAUACUACACAGGAUGCACUAUGGGUGUUCAAAGACUAAAACCUGAUGUGAUAUCCAAACUUCAUCAGUUAAACAAAAAAGUAGAACUAAUAAAGAAGCAAGAAACUAUUGACAAGGCAUUGAAGAAGGCUAAACUUGCUUCACUAGAAAAUGAAAUAAAGCAGAUUGGUGGUCUGAGUGUUUACCAGACUGUUUCUAAAACAAGAGAGCAUUUUCAUGGAAAUGUCAACAGCUCUAAGUGGAUUAUCAGCUCGCUAAAGACAUUCGCUUCGAAGUCAGAAGUUAAGCUGAGACUUCUUGAUGUCGGUGCCUUGAGCAUGAACUAUGAAAAUCAAGCUAGUUGGCUACAAUGUACCUACAUUGAUCUUAACCCUCAGAAGAAAGGCAUUCUAAAAAGUGAUUUCCUAAAGUUCAAGAGUGGUGCUAUGGAAGAAUAUGAUAUCAUUGUGCUGAGUUUGGUGCUAAACUUUCCUGGGGAUGCCCAAGUUCGAGGUCAGAUGUUGGUGAAAGCGACAGAGUUGUGCAAGACUUGUGGAUAUAUAUUUGUUGUGCUUCCCCUAGCCUGUUUGAGUAACUCGCGGUAUCUAACUCACGACAACUUUCAUGUGAUGAUGGAGUCCCUGGGACACAGUCUGAUUGCCUCACACAAUAGCACGAAACUUUCUCACAAGGCCUUCAGAAAGAAAUCCAGGUUGCCUGAGAAAUGUGAUUUUCCAAAGAAGGUGGUGCAACCUGGUGGCAACAAAAAUAACUUUUGCAUAGUCCUGCAGACGUAACAUGAGUGGAUAAUUGUAGUGGAGUCUGGCUGACAUCUCGGUGACAUAUAGCUAAUUCUGUUCAUGCUGUGUUAACAAUGUAAAACAAUUACCCUCGGAUAUUUAAGAUCUAUGUUACCUACUUAAACAUUGUUUCUGUUUUAUUGUGGGCAUUUUAAUUUGGCAGAAUUAAAUUAUUGAUAAAUUGUACACUAUCAAGGGGGUCUGGUAUAAUAACAUUUAAGUUGUCAUACUCAAUUUGUCGGUCAGUUCAUCUGUCAGAGUUAGCAUUGAACUGCAUACUUCUCUGAAUAUGAAUCCCUUUUGGUGGAUGUUGGAUCCACUUGUACAUAUGUUAAUAAUUGAGGAUAAAUACAUACCUUACUCGUUUUCUAAGGCAUGGUGUAUUUUUAAUGUUAUUCAGCAAGUAUGUUAUCUUUUGAGUGUACUUUUUUUGUACAAACAGCUUUGUGUGCGCAAGUGUGAUUGCGUGAAUUGUAUUUGUAAAGAGAUAGAUGUGUGUAAAUUUCGUUUUUUGGUGCAUAGACUGUUUAGUGCUAUUCGGCUGGAAUCAUUGAGUGGCACAUAUACUGUGAUGAUUAGUAAUCCUCUUCCUUGAUUUUACUUCCAAUAAUCUUAAACUGGCAAUCAUCUUUAUUAUCCAUGUUUUGUAUGCAACGAAAGUACAAAGUGGAUUUUAAUAGGUUCAGGAGAUAUUGACAUAGAUUUCGAUAUAAGAUCAAUAAUGUAUUGCUAUUACAUUAUUGAUCUUAUAUCGAAAUCUACGUCAAUAUCUCCUGAACCUAUUAAAAUAUAAGGCUGUCUUGGCGCGCGAUCAACUUCGCUCCAGUUGUUACUUUUAUCCGCGAUAGAUGGCGCAAUUAAUUACAGAUUCUAGCGUAUAGAUAAACUAUAAUAAUGUAAUAAUACUACCUUAUAUAUAUAUAUAUAUAUACACCUUGAUCUGUAUGGCAUAUAAUGUAUGUGUAGACAUAACAUAAGCGCGGGUGCACAUUUGUAUGUACUGGUCAUUUGUUCAUACACGGCUUUCUUAUCGUGAUGUGUGUGUCGUUCAAUAAAGCAAUAAAAGUUGGAAAAUGUUUAACAAUGCCAA